AUGUCCGAGCCGGGGAAGCUGAAACAGAAGACAAGUGUGUGGCUGGAGGAGUACUGGAACAUCACAGACCUGGCGGCCAUUUGCACCUUCCUCCUUGGUCUGAUGCUCCGUCUGCAGCACGAGCCUUACAUGGGCUACGGCAGAGUCAUCUACUGCAUAGACCAGGGGUAUUCAACUAAAAUGUCCAGAGACCUGGAAAAGCUGUCCGACCGUUUGGAGACAGAAAGUGGAAGGUUCUGUUUUGGCUGGCGGUCCGGGUCCGGAUGGGACGGCCUCUGGGUCCGGACCCGGACCGCGGUCCGCCAGUUAGUGACCUAUGGCAUAGACAUAAUCUUCUGGUACAUCCGUGUGUUGGACAUCUUUGUGAUGAUAGGGAAGAUGAUGAUAGAUAUGAUGUACUUUGUGGUGAUCAUGCCUUGCCUCAGGCAAGCCAUCCUUCACCCCGAUCAGGAGCCGACGUGGCGCCUGGCCAGAAACAUUUUCUACAUGCCCUACUGGAUGAUCUACGGAGAGGUUUUUGCGGACUCGAUAGACCUCUACGCGAUGGAAAUCAACCCUCCAUGUGGUGACCAUUUAUUUGAUGAGGACGGUAAGAAACUGCCUCCGUGUAUCCCCGGUGCCUGGCUCACACCUGCCAUCAUGGCCUGUUACCUCCUCGUGGCAAACAUUCUUCUGGUCAACUUGCUGAUCGCCGUGUUCAACAACACUUUCUGUGAAAUCAAGUCCAUUUCCAACCAGGUGUGGAAGUUCCAGAGAUAUCAGCUGACCAUGACGUUCCAUUACUGCCCCAUCCUGCCGCCACCUCUCAUUAUUUUUAGCCACAUCUACAUCCUCUUCAACCGGCUGUUUCGCCGAUGUUCCAGAAAGAAACAAGAUGGAGAGCUGGAUGAGAAGGAUCGCGGACUCAAGCUCAGGCUGAAUCCAGAGGAGCUCAAAUGUCUGUAUGAGUUUGAAGAGCAGUGUGUGGAGGAAUAUUUCUGCGAGGAAGAGGAUGAGCAGCAGUCUUCCAGUGACGAACGCAUCAAGGUUACCUCAGAAAAGUGAAAACCCCUCUGAAUCACAUCUCACACAUCUGUAACCAUGUUGAUCGCAUAGACUAUUUCUCUCUGGUCUUCUCGGCAGUGUUGAGAAUAUGUCCAUGCGCCUGGAGGAGGUAAACAAGAGGGAGAACACUAUAAAGGCCUCCCUGCAGACAGUGGAUCUGCGCUUGGCACAGCUCGAAGAGAUCCACGGAAGGAUGGUGGUCACCCUGGAAAAGCUUGCGGGCAUGGACAAACUGGAACUGACCAGAAGCCAUUCACGAACCUCGUCCGCCUGUGAGCCUUAACAGUGCUGAUUGCUAUAGUCUGUACCGCUUCCACAUGGACAUGGAGGAAUUUGCGUCGAAGCAGAAGGACACAGAUGAGACAACGAAAACUGGCGUAGAGAGACAGAGGAGCCUGAGGGAAGCCUCCAGUAUUCGCAACCCUGGUCUGUCCGCAAGAAAAGCGGACAGACCUUAGAGGUCGGUGGUCUGGACAGAUCACGACCAGGUUCUUGCGUGGGCAUUCUCAUAUCGCCAUGUGAACCGAAGCUUGCCUCUGCUGCAUCGAGUCAAGAGACCUUAUCCAACCUAAAAAACGGCAGCACGAUGCUGCUGGACAGACUAAAGCAUUGUUCUGCACCGAAAAGAACCAAAUCCUUGAGAUACUCUCCAGUUGAAGACCAAGCCACUUCUCCUUUGACAAAGAGGAGGGCUAUGAGCACCAUAAUUGUCAGCCCGCCUGAUGAGCCCAAGGAAGCAGAUGAGACUUCAAAGAAGUCUGUAACUUCCUCUUCCCGAAAGAGGACUAAAUCGUUGAAAUAUUUCCAUGGUAAAAUCCAAAGUCAGACGUCUCCCGUGACAAAGAGGAGAGCCAUGAGCGGCAUCCUCCACCAACCAGCGGAGGCAGGUGAUGAUGUGCAAACGGAUGACUUUAAGUCGGUAGUGGAGCAGCUCACUAAAACACAGAACCAGCGGCCAGAGAACUUGGAGAACAAGAUGCACCCGAGCACUACCGGUCCCAUGACGAAAGUUUCAACGGUCAGAACUCUCUCCCAGCAGUUUCAAGCCUGUGCUGCACCCACAGAACUUAAAACAGGGGAGUACCAGACGGAAAGCAAAGGAGCUCGUCCAGCAGAGGAACCCGCAGGAGGCCACACAAAGAUGAAGGCCAAGCGGAAUCUCUCAGACGCUACUGAAUAUCUGACUGGCUGAUGAAAAGUGAUUUCCAUUGCACAGAUCGCAGAGCUUCAACACCCGUGAGAGGAAAGCAAAGGUGGUGAGUAAGGAUCCCGGGGCCUCGAGCAGCGAGAGGGACCUGGUUGAAGCCUGCAGAGUAGCAGGCGACGGUGCAGGGAAGAAGAUGGAGGCAGAGCAGAGAGAAGAUAUUCUGCCUGGAAAUUAGAUACGAGCCAUAAAGAGAGGUGGGAUGAAACAAAAUUAGGAAUUAAUUAUUUAUGGAGGACGAAUUGAAUGGUUACAGCAAUGCAGAGAACUAUCCUUCCUUUGGUCGGAUAGAUAGAUAGAAAAUAGAAUGGCAGUAAUUCAUUCCCACACUUUCUUUUCUUUCCGUCAUGCAUUAAAUGUUAGUUCAGUUCAGUACAAAGUAGUGAAAAAAACCCAUAGCUUUCUCUUUUACAUAUUCACUUUCUUUACUCUUUCAUUGGUUUAACAAACAGUAAUUCCAAAUCAUUCACAUAACAGCUUUCCUCAAAUAUUGUGUUUUCGUGUUUAAUGUCUACAUUUUAUGGUGAAAAUAAAGUAAACACACAUCAGUUAGUUAGG